AUGCAUCAAGCAGUGCAGCAGGGGCCCCCAGCCAGCUGGGGGCCCUCCUGUACCCUGGGGCUAAAGGCCUAUGAUGCUCAGAGCAGGCUUACAUCAGGGGCCUCCGAUGCAGCAACAGCAGCAACAGCAGCAACACGAGCAGCAGCACCACCUCCACGAGCAUCAGUAGCACCAGCAACAGCAGCAGCAGCAGCAGCAGCGGGGGCCUCCUGGCUACGGAAGUGCCCCGUCUGCUGCUGCAGCCUCGCGGCCUGUGCAUGCGAUGCAGCAGCAAUAGCAGCAGAACAUAGAAGGCAGCAGCAGCAGCAGCAGCUGGUUCACCAGAGGAGACAGCAGCUGCAGCAGCAGCGCGAGCAGCUGGAGCGAGUGAAUUCCAUCCAGCAGCAGCAGAAGAUGCUGCUGCAGCAGCAGCUCAACAGCAACGACGAGGAGGACCCCCCGUUAGUCUACCCUGGGGGCCCCCUUGUGUCUUGCAGCUAUCAGAAAAGGGGUACUGAUGCUGCUGCACCUCGGGGGCCCCUCACAGGCUCAGGUGUCUCCUGGAGUGGAGGCGCUGUCUCUUCAUGGCAGCAGCAACAGCAGUGGCCGCAGCAGCAGCAGCAACGGCAGCAGCUGCAAGGCAGAGGUCGCUCUGCUGCAGCAGCGGGCAGCAGCAUCACAGGUGAAAUUCAGGGGUUGUUGGGCCCCCGUGUGCUUGCUGCCUGCAACCAACUGCAGCAGCAGCACCAGCAGGGGUCAGACAAGGCCCCUCUAGAGGACCUUAUGCUGUAUAAAGUGUCUCCGAGUCGAUCAACAGCUGCUGCUGUCGCUGCUGCAGUUAUUGGCGCGACGGCGGCGCCUAAAACUGUUGUUGCUGCUGCUGCUGCUCCUGCCCUGUGUCCCUCCUGGAGCCUGCAAGGGACAGGAGAAGCCCCUUCCAGCAGCAGCAGCAGCAACAACAACAACAACAGGGAGCAGCAGCUGUCUGACUGCCAAGUUGCCCUGCAGUGUCUCGGCAUCUCCCAAAGGAGACAAGGAGACAGAAAGAGGGAAGGAGACAGAGAAACAAAGGAGUCUCUUCAGCCUUCUCUUGAGGCCCAGAGGUCCUUCUUCAGCAGCAACUGGCUACCAGGGACUCAGCAGCCACUUGCUGCUACUAACACGAACGCUGCUGCUGCUGCUGCUGCUGCUGAGGGGGCGGAGGUUCAAUAUCUUCCCCACGAGGCCCGCAGAUCGCCAGUGUCUCCUUCUAGACAGCAGCCUGCUGCAACAGCAGCAGAAGGCCUCUGCGAACCUCCAUCCUCAAGGGAGACAGCAGAAGACAGAGAUGAAGGCAUCUGGCAGGAGACACCCCAGGGACGGCGGGCCCUAAGGGCGUAUCUUAUAGAGCUGCAGACCCGGCUUGCUGCGGCUGAGCAACAGGCCACGCACAACUUCGUCGGGUGUCUCUACAGAGAAAUUCAUUUACAAGGGCUCAGCCAGCAGCAACUUCUCCCUCAGGGGGCCCUCACUGUUGGAGAGCCCCUCGCUGAAGGGGGCCCCUCAGGGUCCUCUCCUGACGGAGCAGGUCGAGAGACACAGGAGGCAGCAGACAGUGCUAAGGAGCAGCAGCAGCAGCUUAUGUUGCUGCAGCAGCAGCUGCGGCUGCUUAGCAGCGAGAGAGAGGCAAGUGCUUCAGUAUAG